UUUUCCGGCAAAAUUCGCCAAAUCCUGAGGCACCGAAUAAUCUGUAUUGCCUAUCGGCGAACUUGGAUCAAUAAUCAUGACAGCUGGAACCAGUUUAGUUGUACCUGUAGUGUUAUGGGGACGUAUAGCUCCGACACAUUGCAUUUCGUGUAUAUAUCUGUCGAGGGAUCAGAAAACAUUGGUAACGGGUUGUUAUGAUGGGCAAAUUUGUUUAUGGCAAGUUGACCCAGAAACAUUAAAGAUGACACCACGGUGCUUACUCGUUGGUCACACUGCUCCAAUUAUGUGCCUUAGUCGAGCUAGUAUCAUUAUGGAGCAGAAUUAUAUUGUAAGCAGUAGUGAAAGUGGAGAAAUGUGUACUUGGGAUUUGGUUGAUGGUAAAUGCCGGGAAACAGUCAAGCUCAAUAAUAUUCAUACUCAGAUGCUACCCUAUGUCUCAGCUGGGGGAGAAGAUGUGAGAUUAUUUUGUUCAGGAUAUUAUCCAGAGGUAUUAGUAAUGGAUCCGUUUAGUCUUGAAGUACUAUUUACAUUGAGCUCACGGAUGAAUCCAGAUUGGAUCAGUGCUUUACAUGUUUUGCGACCGGCCAAACGGAAAGAUGACGUGGUAUUGGCUUUAACAACGACCGGAACUGUCAAAGUUUGGACACUUCUAGGCCAUGAAAAUCGAAAUAGCGAACCAUUGUACGAACAUGAAAGUAAACAGAUCAGAUGUUUAAAUGCCUUGGCUAUGACAUGCUGCCUUUACAACCAACGAACGGUACUUAUCGUGUGUUCGAAAUACUGGCAGAUAUAUGAUGCUGGAGAUUUUUCUGUUCUGUGCUCUGUAACAGCACCCAGAGGAGAAAGAUGGAUGGCUGGAGAUUUUUUAGCUGCAGACCGAGUAAUUCUAUGGAGCGACGAAGGACAUGGAUAUUUAUAUAAGUUACCAGCUAACAGCGUAGCGGACAACGAGUAUUUCCAUUCAGCGUCAGUAGAAUGUGAUCAACCUUAUUUAUAUUGCAUUCUGACUCAACCCGGUGAUAAGCCUCUAUCGUGUCCACCCGCAAUGCGAUUGGUUACAGCUCAGCGUGAAAAUAAGACUCAAAAGUACCUGUUGCGAGGUGACAGCGAGGGAGUCGUUAUGUUGUGGAUAGUUCCAGAAAUUACGAGUGAACAAAUGAGUCAGAUGAGCAAAACUGAUGAGCCUCUUCUAGUUUUGUUUCCUACUCUUAAUACAAGCAUAACAGCAGCUUGGGAAGCAAUGAAACCUUCGCCAGUCGGGAUCUUGGAUCAGCUAGACAGCGGAGAUGGGCAUGAAAUUAAGUUGACAGCCAGUAUUUAUUUGCCUCAGCAAAGUCGAUUGGUUAUUGGUAGAGAGGAUGGAAGCAUAAUAAUUGUUCCAGCAACGCAAACUGUAAUGCUACAGCUAUUACAUGGAAAUCAUCAACAGUAUGAUGAUUGGCCACCUCAUCAGAUACUUUUAGGACAUUCUGGACGAAUUAAUUGCCUAUUGUAUCCUCAUGGUGCUGCAUCUAGAUAUGACAAAACUCAUCUAGUAUCCGGAUCCGUGGAUUUUGCUGUCUGCUUAUGGGAUUUAUAUGCUGGUACUUUGAUUCAUCGAUUUUGUGUUCAUGCUGGAGAAAUAACACAGCUAUUGGUUCCACCGGAUAACUGUAGUCCGAGAAUUCAAAAAUGUGUCUGCAGCGUAGCUUCGGAUCACAGUGUAACGUUAUUAUCAUUGGCCGAACGAAAAUGCGUAGUUUUAGCUUCACGCCAUUUAUUCCCCGUGGUUACUAUCAAGUGGCGACCAUUGGAUGAUUUUAUGAUCGUUGGGUGCUCCGACGGAGCCGUUUACGUCUGGCAAAUGGAAACGGGUCAUUUAGAUCGCGUCUUACAUGGCAUAAUCGCCGAAGAGGUCUUGUAUGCUUGUGAUGAGAAUAUAAUCGUAGCAUCUGGUACUACCGGGAGUGUUGGAGAAUUAGGUCUAGCGAAUCCUGCCGUUCACUUUUUCAGAGGUCUAAGGCAUAGAAACUUAUCUGCUAUUCGUCAUGCCACACAACGAGGCUUACACCAAUUACAACAGCUACACGGUGGUCACGGAAACGAUCAUGGGAAUCAAAUAAGGGCGAAAGGAGCUCCACUUACGAUCCAAGGCUUCCGAAGCAAUCCCAAAGAUCCAGAGAGUCAUAUUCUUUUUUUCGACAUCGAGGGCCUCAUAGUACAACUGUUGAGUGAUGAAUACGGGUCUAUGUCACCCGGAUCAUUGGAGGCACAAGGCCUUAUUUCAGCUACGGAGUAUCAGAAAGUCGCUGCGCUCACGCAAUCGGCAAGUCCUGAUGCGCAUAAGAAAAUUGCAGACUUUUUUGGUCGUGUCAAGGAUAAGGCAGGUGACAUGGAGCGAAUGCUAAAGGAAAAGGAUCGGCAUGGUAUAAUUGCUAAGAUGAAGGAAGGUGCUGAGAACGUGCAAACUAAAAUUCAGGCUAAAGUGGAAAGUGUUGGUUUAAAGCCGUCGACUCUCGAUGGCAAAGGUGACGGGUGGAACAAUGAUAGCAAUAAAAAUUCAUUGAAGCGGAACGGUGCUUUUAAUGAACCAAACUCAACUAUGGAAAUAGCUCAGCUUUUAUUAAGUUUACUUCAUGCCUGGGGAAUGGAUCCAGAUCUUGAUCGAGUGUGCGAAGGGAAAUUAGGAUUAUUAAGGCCUAUGGUGCCAGUCUCAUUCGGAGUUUUAUCAAAAGGAGGCUACAUGUCGUUUUUGCUUCCAACAUGGCAAACACACUUAGAGCAUUCGGUAACCGAGCCAAUAACACAGAUAGAGCAGCGUUUGCCGGUUGAAUUGGUUAGGCAAGAAAGACUAACUAGAGCAUUCACCGCAAGAGCACAUUGGGAAUUAUCAACGACCUUAACAAGCAAUCAUUUACUGGCGGUAGUGGCGCUAUCAAAUACCCUUAUGUCAAUGAAUAAUGCAACUUUUGUUUCCGAACAAGAAAGGAAUCGCAAAAUGCAUAGGUCUGGCAAUAGGCCAGUCAAUUGGAACAAAGCUGAAGAAGAAAACGAAGAAAUGUAUACGGUACAACAGGCGCAAAUUAAGCAGGGAUGGUCAUUAUUAGCUACGUUACACUGUGUCCUGUUACCUGAUAAAGUUUCCGCUCAAGGGGGGUCAAAAACCUUUAAAAGGCCCCAAGUUGAAAUGAUGGCCAGACGCUGGCAGCACCAAUGUCUUGAGAUAAGGGAAGCGGCUCAAGCACUUUUACUCGCUGAAUUAGGAAGAAUGGGGCCCAAAGGUAGAAAAGCUCUGGUGGAUAAUUGGGCACAAUAUCUACCAAUGUACAGCACUCAGGAACCUAUUGCCCCACAACCUCAAAAUCAAAGCCCUCCUUCUGGUAGUCCUCCUCCAAAUAAUGAAACACAAGAGCCAGAGGAUGAUGAGGAAGAGGAACUUGCUGAAGAAUUAAGUAUAUCGAGGAAACCUUCGAGCGUCGCAGAACUGAAACGUAAGCAAACAACGGCUGUGGUACUGUUGGGCGUUAUUGGCGCAGAAUUCGGACAAGACGUGACGACGAAUAACCAAAAGAAGGAUAACGAUCAAAGACGUAAAAGUUCGGUUGUCGAGGGUUUCGGAAUCGGAAACAAUAAUUUAUCUAGACUCACGAGCAUGGCACUGACACAUUUACUCUACGCACCUCAUUCGCCAAAAUUACCUUUACACACAGCUUUACGAAGAGCUGCGAUAGAUCUCAUUGGCCGUGGAUUUACCGUUUGGGAACCGUAUUUAGACGUAUCCAGGGUUCUUUUGGGCCUACUGGAAAUGUGCUGCGACGCGGAUAAACUCGUACCCAGCAUGACCUACGGGCUUCCACUGACCCCGGCAGCCGACAGCUGCAGAACAGCUCGUCAUGCCCUGACACUGAUUGCCACUGCGCGCCCAGCUGCAUUUAUAACGACGAUGGCGAGGGAAGUGGCCAGAUUUAAUACGCUUCAGCAGAAUGCGCAGACGCUCAAUGUCAAUCUCGGGGCCAGCGUACUCGCCCGUGCCAAGCCAGAAAUCUUGAGGAUCGUCGAGCAGCUCAUUGAUAAGAUGCAGAGUGAAAUGAGCGACUUGUUGGUCGAAGUAAUGGACAUUAUCUUGCACUGCUUGGAUCCUGGGCAUUUAAAAACAAAGCCAUUGAACGAAGUCUUCCCUGCUGUUUGCAGAUUUAAUCAAGUAAGUCAUUACCCUGCAACACGUAGAAUAGCUGUCGGAAGUCGUACUGGCCAUAUUGCACUUUACGAAUUGCGUGGAACUGUCAAGUGCCAGACAAUAAUAGCACAUCAAGCUCCGGUAACUGCAUUAGCUUUCUCUCCAGAAGGAAAAUAUCUCGUAAGCUAUUCGUGUUCUGAAAAUAAGUUGUGCUUCUGGCAGCAAAUAAGUAGUGGAAUGUUUGGUCUUGGAAAUUCGCAGAUUCGUUGCAUUAAGUCUUACAGUACAGCGCCGAUAAACGAUGUUGCGAGAUUAAAUCCAAUGAGAUUGGCACGUCUCAUUUGGAUUAAUAAUCGUACGGUAACUCUAAUGUUGGCUGAUAGCUCGGAAACCCGCUUUAACGUUUGAAUUUUUAUAAAAGAGAUAUUUUGGUGUUUAAUGAAAAUUCUUAUCUUAACCAGCGAAAUGAAAUUGAGAUUGCACCUACUAUAAGUAGAAUUUUUACAUAUCUAUAAUUCGUUUUUGUGAUUACGAACCAAAAAUACAUUAAAUGUUUUUUUUUUUUAUUUUCUAUAUUAAAAAUUGAUCCGUUCUAAGGCUGAAAAUACAGGAUAAAUAAGAGUCGAUAAAAAUACAAAUUGAUAUAUCGUUCAUUCAUAUAAAAUAAUUAUGAUUUUAACAUCUUCUCGUUGAUAAAAACAAUUAAAGUCUAUUACAAAAUCUACGAUAUAACCAAGUGGCAUUAGAAAAUUAUAUUGAUAUGUCAAUCUCAUUAGCAUCGGUCGAUGAUAAACAUAAACUAAAUAUUAAUAACGUAAAUUAAAAAUUUAUCAUAUGCAAGGACACUGAUAUAUAGCUGUACUUACCUGUAGCAAUACAUGAAAACAAAAAAAAAAGAAGAAGAAGAAAUACAAACAAAAAGUAUAAUCAGCAUUAAUACACUUCGAUUGUGCUGAGUAGUCUGAAAAAAAGAAAGUAAUAACCAAAUACCGGCCCAGGUCUAAGCGUGUAAUUAAAUAAUAAUUAACCAGUUGUACGCUAUAAUAUACGUGAACUUUUAAAUCUUAAAAAUCGCUUUGCAGAAAAUAAUGAAGAAAUGUCUUACGAAAUACUUAAGAAAUGUUUAUACGCGAAAUUACUUAAUCCUAUUAGUAAUAUCAAAUAGCCAUUAAUUUAUUUACGAUGAAAGAAUUGCAUAUUUUAUUCCAUCGU